GUCCACGCCCGGUUUAGGGAGGGCGGGUGUAGUGAUGUCAGCGCGCAGGGGCUUUGGAUUCUGGGAACACAAACACACACAUCAGCCAUUUUCAGCUUGCUGUGGUCAUCCUCAGUCACUUCAGCACAAAGAUCCUCCAACUGUCGAGCUGAAAGUGACGAGAAGGAUGGACGAAGCGAAAGCGGGUCGUCGCGCGCACGGGUGUUUGUUUUGCUAAGCGCGUCAUAGACAAAAGCGCAUCGGACGCGCAUCUUUCGCCGGGGAUUCAUCUGAUUCACGGCUGAAAUCAUUUUAUUGGUGCGAGUCUGGAAUUUUGGACGCGUCUGAAUCCAUAACAUCACAUUAACAGUCACUCUUCACGCUCGAAUUCAGAUAAAUUAAAAAACAACCCCAAAAAGCGGACUUUAAAAGCGAGCGGCGUGUCCCGCGGGUGAUGUCCACGAUGGUGUACCCUCGAGAAGAGGCCCUGGAGCGGCUCACGCAGGAUGAGAUCGUGUUGAACACUAAAGCGGUGAUGCAGGGUUUGGAGACGCUGCGCGGGGAACACGCACAGCUCCUCAACUCCAUACUGGACUGCGCUCAGCCUCCCGGCGCCCAGGAGAAAUCCACCCUGCUCCGUAAGAGCCUGGAGGACAUCGAGCUGGGACUGGGAGAGGCGCAGGUGAUCAUCGCUCUAUCGGGUCACCUGAGCGCCGUGGAGUCAGAGAAGCAGAAGUUGCGUGCUCAGGUGCGCCGGCUCUGCCAGGAGAACCAGUGGCUGCGGGACGAGCUGGCCAGCACUCAACACAAGCUGCAGAAGAGCGAGCAGAGCGUCGCACAGCUGGAGGAGGAGAAGAAACACCUCGAGUUUAUGAACCAGAUCCGUAAGCUGGAUGAGGACACCUCGCCCUCGGAGGAGAAGGCUGGAGAGAAGGAGAAGGACAAUCUGGAUGAUCUCUUUCCAAAUGAUGACGACCAGGGACCAGCUCAGCCCAGUGGUGAAGUGGCGGCACAGCAGGGAGGAUACGAGAUCCCGGCCCGCCUCCGAACCCUCCACAAUCUGGUGAUCCAGUACGCCUCUCAGGGCCGCUAUGAGGUGGCCGUGCCGCUCUGCAAACAGGCCCUGGAGGACCUGGAGAAAACCUCCGGACACGACCACCCGGAUGUGGCCACCAUGCUCAACAUCCUCGCCCUGGUGUACAGGGAUCAGAAUAAGUAUAAAGAGGCGGCUCACCUGCUGAACGACGCUCUGGCCAUCAGAGAGAAAACUUUGGGUAAAGAUCACCCCGCUGUGGCUGCCACGCUCAACAACCUCGCCGUGCUGUACGGCAAGCGCGGGAAACACAAGGAGGCCGAGCCGCUCUGCAAGAGAGCUCUGGAGAUCCGGGAGAAGGUUCUAGGUAAAUUCCACCCUGACGUGGCGAAGCAGCUCAAUAAUCUGGCACUGUUGUGUCAGAAUCAGGGCAAGUAUGAGGAAGUGGAGUAUUAUUACCGCAGGGCGCUCGAGAUCUAUGAGAACAAACUGGGCGCUGACGACCCCAAUGUGGCCAAGACCAAAAACAACCUGGCGACGUGUUACCUGAAACAGGGCAAAUUCAAAGACGCAGAGACGCUUUACAAGGAGAUUCUGACCCGCGCGCAUGAGAAAGAGUUCGGAUCGGUCAACAAUGAUAACAAGCCAAUCUGGAUGCAUGCAGAGGAACGAGAGGAGAGCAAGGGAAAGAGGAAGGACUCCGGUCAUUACGGAGAGUACGGCAGCUGGUACAAAGCCUGUAAAGUGGACAGCCCAACUGUGAACACCACACUGAAGAGUCUGGGCGCUCUGUACCGCAGGCAGGGUAAACUGGAGGCCGCUGAAACACUGGAGGAGUGUGCGACCAAGAACCGCAAACAGGGCAUUGAUGCGAUUAAUCAGAGUAAAGUGGUGGAGCUGCUGAAGGACGGAGGUUGUGCUGGAGGGGACAGACGUCAGAACCGGGAUGGAGUAAACGGCCCCGGAGGCCCCCGAGGAGACUGUGAUGGUGACGAAGCCGAGUGGAGCGGGGAUGGCAACGGCGCCCUGCGCAGGAGCGGCUCAUUCGGGAAGAUUCGUGAAGCCCUGCGCCGCAGCAGCGAGAUGCUGGUAAAGAAAUUGCAGGGCAGCGGCCCACAGGAGCCACGCAACCCCGGGAUGAAGAGGGCCAGCUCCUUAAAUUUCCUCAACAAGAGUGCAGAAGAAACCUCACAGGAAUCUAACAGCGGCCUGUCAGAAUCCAGGGGACUGAGCGCUAGUAAUGUGGACCUGACCAGACGCAGCUCUCUGAUCAGUUAGAAAACAGUGUCUAGACGUGGAAAAGGCCAAACGGAGAGGCUGUUUGCUACCUACUUGAAUCGAAAAUAUCAUUAAAUGUUCCUUAUUCAAAACGUUUUCCUAAGAAAAAGGUCUUAAAAGCAAAAAUGUCUUUUAGUUUCACAUCGCUUGCAUAAUCUGGGCAACGUCCAUCUGCUUUGCCAUUAGCCACACUCAACAAACGCAAAUGUAAAAGAUAAAACGCAAUGUAGCACGCUAUCACCUACUAGACCACAGGCAGACGAUCUGCUCUAGAGACAUUCAGUGGUAAAAUUACGUCAUAGCAUGGCAUCAAAAUUGAGUAGUUUAGCAUACAACAAUAAAGUAAUACUGUCUGUACAAAACAUAUAUUUUCACUGGGAUUGCGCUAUGGGUUUGCCAUUUAAAAAACAGAAAGGUCAUAUAUGCUAACUCCUUCCACAAAACGACCUCACCGAGUUGAAAUGGUGCGAAAACUAUAUUGCGAAUGCACUUACGAAAAAUAUGAACCUAGAGGUCAGAGACGGAUGAGCACUGACUGGUACAACCUCACUUUUGCCUUCCGAGUUUUAUGUAUAUAAUGAUUUAAAUUAUUUAAGUUUUUUUUGUUUUGCAAAAUUAGCGCACAAGGAUUUUGUUUACACUGUAGGUGGAUUUUUGUCCUGGAGCGACUGGAAAAUGUGUUGAACGGUACAGUGAAGAAUUCUGCUUUACAAACUGAAGGCUCUUAUUUAUUAGGGGUUUGGGGCAAUUCUGCAACUCUAGAUUCAUAAUUCACUCAUUUGUUUUAUCUGACUGCUAGAACCCCAGCUCUGUCUGUCAUAGCUGUAAAAAUAUAGAAUAAUGUGGUGGAAAAGGCCAACCAUAUAUAACUGGAAAUUUCCAUCAGUCUAUAAUGUGACACGUUUUUCCUUUUACAUGAUUUUCUAGCCGCCAGAACACCAUAUGAAUCAUAGUGUGUGUCUAAAACAGACAAUUCCUCCUGUUUUUGUUUUAUCUUUUGUCCAUUUCAUGUUGAUUAAUUAUUAAAUAUCCUAACAGGAACAACAAAUGUCUUAGUGUAUGUAAAUGUUUUCACCUUUAUGUGAAUCUUUUACCUUUUUUAUCAUUAAGAUGUGCAGGAUUUGUGUGUUUGAUAUUGGGUUUAUUUGAGUGAUUUUUUUUUCCCCUCUGUGUUCGUCAGAGCAAUGAUGAUGAUCUCAGUUUCAUCUCUGAAUGCACAGAUGACAGUAGCUUUUGGAUCCAGCCAUACAAACAGGUGAAUCUCAUGAAUAAAUGUCUCCUUAUUUCACCUAAAAGCUUAUGCAGUUAUAAUUUGUAUAAAGAAAAUGGACCAUCGCCUUUGCAUUGUCACAUUAUUUUCAUCACAGCACAUUUCCCCCCCAAAUUCUAUUACUAUAUAUGCAUUAUAUAUGCAUAAAUUAAAGGCAUAACAACAAAUACUACCAUAAUUAAUAAAUAAUUCACCACUGAUGUAUAGCAGUUAUUUCACAUUGUGUUGUAAUAUGCUUCGUUGCCCUUGAUGUCACAAUGCUAAAUAUCAUAAUGGUCCUUAAAAAAAAAAAAUCUUAAUUCUAUAUAAUUCUCAAAUUUCAUUCAAUUUUUUUUUCUUGUUUUUUGGUGAAAUAUGACAGACUUGUUCUUGAUUAGUUUUGUGAGAUUUACUCGAUCAGAAUGUAUUGCAAGAAGUUACCAAUGGGUUCAUUUUAAUUAUUGCGUUUUGUUAGGAUGAACAAAAUAAGGGUUCUAAAAAGUGCUUGAGUGAAGAGAAAAAAUAAAGUGAUGAAAAUUAUCAGUAAUGAAUGUUGGUAUGAAGGAAUUGAAGAUAAAGAUUAUGAAUGUCACUAUUGAUUGUAAAAUACUCAAUUUUUGACUCACAACUACAAAAACACACUUGUUUAUUCACCUCGUGCACAGACAGGUGUGUAGUUUCUAACAAUGCCGUGUUUACACCACAUAUGAAUGUGAACCCACCUUUGACUGUCCUGUUUUUUCAUGACUACUGAUGAUUUGUGAUGCCUUUCUCUCACCACAUGUAAUGUACGCCUCACUGGUUAUAUUGUGCUGCAGUUACAGUUGCCCUUCUGCACUGAUCUCAGAACAGCGCCCCCUGUCUUAAUCAGAAAUCGUAGGGUUGUAGAAACCUGUUGUACCCAGAUCAGCUGUGAAGGGAAACGUCUACCAGCUCUGUAGAAUGUAGCCGUGCCGCCCAACAUCCUUCCUCAGAAAUGCAUUUCACUUGUGAAGGGGCCAACCUCAUGUAUGUUUUAAUAAAAGGUUCGAAAUAAACUCUGCUUUUCAAACCAAA